AUGUCCUCGAUGUUUGGAAACAGUCAACCUUUAAAGCUCUCAACCAAAGUCUGUUGCAAUCGCGAAGUCCGGCGACCGAAGGCCUGGCGCAUGGAAGUGGCCGAUCCGCUUGAGAAUUUUCGCGACUCUUUUGGAAAUGACUGUGUUGUGGAGAGGAGGGCUAGGAAGGAAUUAGAAAUGAGCGAGUCAUACGUGGUCGUGUCGUCUGAGGUGAAAGAGCUGCAAGACCGAAUGGCAGCUCUGGUGGCGGCAGAACAUUACGAGGAAGCAUGCGUGGUCCGCGACAGCCUAGCUAUGAUGGAGUUUCGGAAGCGUUUGUUAGAGAUUCAGGCCAAACCGCGCAUUAUGUACCGUGUGGGAGAUGUCAUCGUGCACCGCAGAUACGGCUAUCGCGGCGUCGUGUACGGUCACGAUCCUGAGUGCUCAGCCCCUUCCAGCUGGCAAGAUGCGAUGAAAGUGGACCUAUUGACGCAUGGGAGAAGCCAGCCAUUCUACCACGUCUUGGUAGACACUCGAGAUAGAGCAGGAGGUGUCUCCACUUACGUCGCACAGGAAAAUCUCGUAGCCCAGAGUGAUGCUUCACCAGUUGUUCACCCCUGGAUUCCCAAGUUUUUCGUGGGUUUCCAAGAUGGCACGUAUGUCCCUGGAAAGAAGCUCCGGCAAGUGUAUCCUAAUGAUUGGUAG